AGGUAAAGAAGGUAACAUUCAAAGAGCCAUAGUCUCUGCUUUAACAGUUUUUAAAGGAACACUUGUGCAAAGCUAAAAUAUGGCUAAAAGAAGAAGAAACUACUCUUCAUAGACUCUUUCUCUGAAUGAGGCUCUCUCACAGAUAGCACCAAGUGGUUCGGCAUCAAUUACUAACUUCAAUGACUACUUUCAUGCAACCCUUCAUUUUCCUCUGCAUUCUCAUCUCUAUCCACCUCACAGGUGGGACUCAGCUGAUAUUGGUGAACAACUGCAAAGAGAGUGUGUGGCCGGGAAUCCUAGGCAGUCCAGGCCACCCCACUCCCAAAGACGGUGGUUUUCACCUCUGCGGCGGCGAAGAGGUGGUGUUGGAUGUUCCUGAGGAAUGGUCCGGCAGAAUCUGGGGCAGACAAGGCUGUUGUUUUGACCCCAUAACCGGCAAAGGCUCAUGCGAAACAGGAGAUUGUGGAGGCGUUUUGAAGUGUGGGGGAAUGGGUGGAGUUCCACCAGCUACACUUGUGGAAAUGACACUAGGGACUUCCGAAUCAGCACUGCAUUUCUACGAUGUUAGUUUGGUUGAUGGAUUUAACCUCCCAGUGUCGAUGAAGGCGGUGAGAGGUGGGGUAGGUUGUGGUGUUGCAGCUUGUGAAGCCAACUUGAACGUUUGUUGUCCAGCUUCUUUGGUGGUGAAGCGGCAAGGGAGGGUGGUGGGGUGCAAGAGUGCUUGUUUGGCUGCAAAAUCAGACAGGUAUUGUUGCACCGGCGAGUUUUCCACCCCAAAAACUUGUAAACCCACUGCAUUUUCUCGUCUUUUUAAGACCCUUUGCCCUCAGGCUUAUAGCUACGCUUAUGAUGACUCAACGGGGCUUAAGAUUUGCAAAGCGCAGAGGUAUCUCAUCACCUUCUGCCCCCCAACUUGAUGCUCUCUGCAUGCAUCUCAUCAACACUGCAGAGACUUCUUUUCUACUGUUAUUCUUCUUAUUUUCUUUUCUUCUUGUUUUUGGUUGCUUCGCAUCAUUGCCUCAAAACUUCUAUAAAAACAAAUCUGUAAAGAGGAAAUGAAAAUAUUUUUCGACUAA